UCCAAGAAGCAUUCGCCAAAUUAAAUUGUUAGCAAAGGGGGUCUGGUUAACAGUCAGGUUAAUUCCCUUUGCAGCUUGUUCCAGUGCGAUGAAGCAUAUCUAUAUAUACGAUAUUGGUGUAUCUUAGCACUUAUUUCGAUCUAUAAAAGAUUUCUCGGAAUGCCUUUUCUAGUGCGAGAUUAAAGAGUACUUAUGACAACCUGUUGAUAUUAUAUUCAAGGAAUUUCUCCAGAAUUUGCCGCAAUGAACGAAUUUGGUCGACCUUACAAAGGUGAAUCCACAUUGGUACUCGCCGACCACAUCUCCUGAGCAUAGAGCUGAAGUCUGCUAUUCUACAGUAUAUUCAUUUUACAAUAGGUCAUCAAAAAUGCGUUAAUAGCAACAGUAUUAGCUAUUAUGGUGAUAGCUGUAAUAGUAGUUUCAAUUUACAUAUUCACAGAUGAAGAGAAACCAACACAAUGUGAAAUCUCGAACUCCACUGAUUUACAACUUACUCAAAUUGGAAGUGUUUUAAUGAUUCAAUGGGACAUUAAUGAGCCGUGUAUUAGAAAUUAUAAAGUAUCCUUGGAAACUCUUGGGUCAUAUCCGAAUGAGGUGCUAACUGAUAAAAAUUAUUAUGUUUAUCAGGAUUUAGAUUAUUGCAGCGAACUCACUGUUGUUGUGCAUAAAGAAACUAUAAUUAUAUCUAAAAAAUUUACACCAGAAAUUGGGAAAGUAAAUAACUUGGAGAUAGUUGAUGGCUUAGUAAUGUGGGAAAACAAACAUUUUCGUAGUUGUCGUUAUAAAGUUAAAUUUAGCGAUCUUGAUGAGUAUGAAGUUGACGAUUUUUUUAAUUUGCCCGCUUUGGAUACUUGCAAACCUCAAUCGUUAACGAUCACACCGUUUAAAUCCGAAAACAUUGGGAAAAGUACCACUAAAGAAUUUGAAUUGGAAAUCGGUGAAAUCUCCCAAUUAGAAAUAACUCCCGAUAAAAUGCAAUGGGAUAAUACACAAGUAAAAAGUUGUGAUAUUGAAAUUUACAUCAAUGGGGACCUUUCUGUGACAAUUACUUCCGGAGAUAAUUUUUAUAUUUUCACACCGAGUUUAAUGUUUUGUACACCCUAUGAAAUUAAAGUUACCGCAAUUGAAAGAAAUUUGAGAAAAACAGGGAAUACAUUUUCCCAAAUCUUUGAAGAUGGCCCAAUAAUAGAAACUUUUGAGAUUAAUAAUUUAAUAGCUACAUGGGAAAACUCACACCCAAACUGCAUUUAUAGCAUAGAAUUAGAUGGAAAUGAAAUCGUUUGUAAAGUUCCGAUGACUGAUACUUCCACUUGUAUCAUUACUUCAAUAGAACCAGAAUUAUGUGUCGCUUAUAAAUUCGAAUUGAAAUCGCAAAGAAUCGAUGGCGAAACUAAAUAUAUUUCUGCCGAGUAUAAUUACACCACGAUUUUUGACACGAUCGACGAUUUUGAUGUGAAUGACAUGACGGCUAAAUGGAAAUAUCUUGGACCAAGUUGCGAUUACGAAAUACUAGUUAACGAUAAAAAUCCGAUUCCUAUUGAUAAUGAGGACUCCGAUCUUGAAUAUUACACCAAAGAAAUUUCCACAGAAAUCUUAGAUAUUUGCAAAUCCGAAAAUGAAGUGGUUUUAAUUGCUAUGUAUGGUGAAAAUGAUAGAGAAUUAGGAAGAAGUGAUGUAAAAACGAUUCCGAUACAUUCCGAUUUAAUUAAAAUUGAAGAAUUAACGUUAAAUUUUAACGAUACAAAUCAAAAAUUGGUUGCUGAAUGGAAAGGUUUGGGAGAGAGUUGUUCUUAUAACGUUAAAUAUGAAGGUAGAACAUCAAAAGAGUUUAAGACCAGCGAGAAUAGCGUAAUACUUGAUGACGAGUUAGGAUUUACUUUGGAAUAUUGUACAACACAUACAGUUUCUGUUAAUGUUAAAAGUAGCGAUGUUGAAUCUACUAAUUUUACAAAAGACUUAACCCAAGAUUUUGAAGCGAUUUCUGAAACAAUUUCUGCAUAUUUGCCAAAUAAAAUAUUGAAGAUACAAUGGGAUUUAAAAGAAGAAUUCAAACCUUGCGCUGAUAUUUAUUAUAAAGUUUCAGGAUAUAUAGAUAAUCCAAAGCCUGAUAUGAUAGAUACAGAUUCAAACUUUUAUAUAUUUCAAGAAUAUACUAUAAACCCAAACACAAAUUUCUACGUUGAAAUUCAAGCAGUGCAAAGAAGCAAUAAUGAAAAUGAAGAGAUUAAAGGAAGCAUUAAGAAGUGCACAUUUAAGAUUGAAAGUGAUUUUGUUGUACAUCAAGAAGAUUGUAUUUAUUAUGUUAACUAAAUUAAUAAUUUAUAUCGUAUUUAUAAGAUAAUGCUUUAAUAAAAAAUAAUUCUCGUUUUUAUUAAAUGGUGUGAUCCAUUUAACGUAAUUCAGAUAACAAAUCGUUCCGUUAUU